CAUGUCUGAUUCUAGAUUCUAUCCAUAGUCAAAGAUUUUACCUGUUCCAAUUAAAUUCAAAGGCAUAUAUCAAAACAGUCAAUUUUCAUCAGAUGUUACAGCUGCUUGUCUAUUAUAUUCAUAAACAACAACUAAUACAAACUAACCUAAUCUUUGUUUACAUAGUGUGAAGUUUAAUAUUGUCAGCAUCAGGAUUAAGCAUGUUCAGAUCUCGAGGUUUGUCAACACAGACGAUGGUGACCCAGUUGUCUGAAGUGGUGGGGCCCAACAGAGCCAUGGCCCCCAUGAUAGUGCCCCCGGACGGGGGAUGGGGCUGGGUGAUAGUACUGGUGGGGCUAGUGGGCUCCUGCUGUGUGGAUGGUUGUGUGUACAGCUUCUUUCUGUUCAGAGAACCGAUCAGCAAAGACCUCAAAAUCCCCCAGUCUGAUAUAUCAUACCUUUCAUCUCUGAACACUGGUUUUUAUUUUGUUGGAGCAGUUUUAGCAUGCAGCUUUGGGAACCAUUUUGGUUUCCGGUUGACCAUGGUGCUGGGCGGAGCGGUUACUUCUCUGGGUUAUGCUUCUGGCUAUCUUCUACAAGAGAUGUUUCAUUACUAUGUUAUGGUGGGAGCUUUUGCAGGCUUUGGGUCAGGGUUCAUUUCUGUUGGAGGAGCUUUACCAGCCAGUUUCUAUUUUGACAAGAAGCGAUCCAUCGCCCUCGGCAUCGUCGCCUGUGGGUCAGGUUUGGGAGGAGUCAUAAUGCCUCAGUUAUUUGACAUAUUUAUGAGUCAGUUUGGUUGGCGAGCUACAUUUCUUUUUGAAGGAGUUAUAGUGGCAAUGACAGUGGUUUUAGGAGUAUUAAUUCGCCCUCUGAAGCCUGUAAUGGUUGUCAUUGAAGUUGAGCCGUCGCAGGCCAAUGUAAGGGCACGUGAAGACUCCACCCUUGACUUGUCAGUGUUCAGGAUACCUCCGCCAACGCCUGGCGAUGGCUUCAGUUCCGUAUCCACAGGGGUGGGCAGGUCUGUGGUCGAGACGGCUUUGGCUCAGCCCACCAUCGCUCAGAUGGCUGAUGAUCUCACUGUAAUCAGCAUCAAAGUGGGAGAUCCCUCUAGUCCGAGUGUGGUCAGUCGCCUACAUGAGAUGUCUCAGUCUCGUAGAGUGUCUCAAGUGCUGCAGCCCUCGGCUUCCAGCGUCUUCAACAGUGUUCGCAUCUCUUCAGAUCCAUUCCCCCAAACCCAGUUGCCGUGGUACAAAUGUGGAUGCUGUCGGUCUAAGUAUGCUAGACUGCCGGAGAGACCACUUAUGCGGCAUGACCUUUACUACACAGGGAGCCUUAUGCGGCUGUCUGAGUAUACGGGCAAGGACCGAGAUUUGGAUUACCACAUGAAUGUAACCAGAGUUCCCACGUAUUACCAGACAGUGCAAGACUUGACUAAAAAUUACACAAUUUGGUGUUGCCACAAUAUCUUCACUGGGCUGCGGUACUUGGUAGACUACAAAAUGUUCAAGUCCCCAGCGUUCAUAUGUCUGGCUCUAUGUGGCUUUGGAGUUUACCUCGCUUUUUAUUCCCCAUUUAUUUUUUGUAAAGGUGAGAGUAUAAUUCACCUGGAUGAACUGGGAGUUGGCGAGUACGCUUCAAUGCUCGUUUCUCUGAUUGGGUUGGGUAGCAUGAUUGGUCGUCUUCUGAGCGGACUCAUCAUCACGGCGUUUCCGAGGUUUGACGCUUGUAGUGUCAUGUCCGCCAUGAUGAUGUUGUCUGGCGUCUCAAUUGCUAUCAUGGUGGUCUAUGACAACCUCUACUUCAAGGGGAUUUGCUUAUUCAUCUUUGGAUUUACAAGUGGUUUCUAUCUGCCACUACGUUCUCUAGUGAUUGUCGACUACUUUGGACUUCAGAAACUGACAUCGGCAACUGGUGUGGUGAUAGUAGUAAUCGGUUUUGCCUCAUUUCUUGGUCCUCCUGUCGCUGAGAGCUUGAUGCGAUACACAGGAAACAAGGACACUCCGUUCUACUUGUGUGGGAUCUUCUUUGCGUUGGCCAGUGUGUCUCUGUGGCCAAUGAAAUGGCUGAGUGAGUGGGAGAAAACACGGAAAAAUCUUGUUGCAGAAUAGCUGAAUAUAUACUAUUUACCAUCCACUUUAGUAAAAAACCUAAGACAAAGACAGUGAUGAUAAAGUCCAAUCUAUUACUAAGUGAUUUUUAUUGCAUAUUUGUAUA